GACCUGCAUUAUUUCAUCAACCAUCAACACAAAAUAAACACGUAGAAGCUUUAAAAAAGAGAGAGCGAGAGAGAGAGAAAUGGCGACAUCAGGAACAUACGUGACGGAGGUUCCGUUGAAAGGAACAGCGGAGAAACACUACAAGAGGUGGAAGAGCGAGAACCAUGUCUUCCCUGACGCCAUCGGCCACCACAUCCAAAAUGUCACCGUUCACGAGGGCGAGCAUGACUCCCAUGGUUCUAUCAGGAGCUGGAACUACACAUGGGAUGGAAAGGAAGAGAUAUUCAAGGAGAAGAGAGAGGUAGACGAUGAGAACUUAACGUUGACGUUACGAGGACUUGAGGGUCAUGUGAUGGAGCAGCUCAAGGUGUAUGAUGUGAUCUACCAAUUUAUCCCCAAAACUGAGGAUACCUGUGCCUGCAAAAUCACUCUUGUAUGGGAGAAGCGCAACGAUGAUUCUCCUGAACCAAGCACCUACAUGAAAUUCGUCAAGAGCUUAGUCGCCGACAUGGACCACCACGUCAGUAAAGCUUAAUCAUUUAUAUCACCACCAUCAUGAUCAUGAUAACAUUAUCAUGAUCAUCAUCCACCUCGCCAUCACCAUCACCAUCAUCACUCUCUCGAUUUACUUAUUAGGGUAUUUUCAAUAUAAUAAAUGCGUCUUGUACGUGGAGUUUUAUUUCUAUGUAAUUGUUUGGUCUUGUAAGAUGGUUUGAUAUGUUGUUUUAGACCUAUGGUCAAUUGGUCAUCAUCGAGUUCGAUGUAAUGAUUGCUAAGAAUAAUAUACGUUCUUGACU